GGUGAUUCUGAAGACCGCCCAGUUAUCAUGGCUCAUGCUACUGUUUAUGUGGGUUUUACUGUUCCUCAAUUACUGAGAGGUGCUAGCAGAAUUUUUCCCACUCAUCCUGCAUUGGUGGUGUUGAGGCACUCUGCUUUUUGUUACUGCACAACGAACGGCACAAUAAAAUCAAAGAGGAAAAUGGAUCAUUUAGAGAGGACAGCAAAUAAUUUUCGCCAGGAGGUAAUUUCACAAGCAAAAGUGUGUGGAAUCACCAAUGAAUCAGAGACAGUCAAAAGACUUCGUUUGGCUAUCGCAAAUAAAGAUUUUACUUUCAAAGCAGGACAGUGGGUUGAUUUCUUUAUUCCUGGAGUAUCUGUAGUUGGGGGAUUCUCAAUAUGUUCAAGCCCUGGCCUGUUGGAACAAGAAGGAAUAUUAGAGCUGGCGGUAAAGCACACUGUUCAUCCUCCUGCUCACUGGAUUCACACUGAGUGUACUCUUGACUCAGAAGUGGCUCUGCGAGUGGGAGGUGAUUUCUUCUUUGAUCCUCAGCCUGGUGACUCCCCUGUAAAACUAGUGCUGAUAGCAGGGGGUGUUGGAAUUAACCCAUUGUUUUCUAUACUGCUGCAUAUAGCAGAUCUUCAUGGAUACCAAGAGGGUAAAGGAAAUGGAUACAAAAUGGGAACAGUGAAGCUGUACUACAGUGCAAAAAAUACAAGCGAACUCUUAUUUAAGAAAAAUAUUCUUGGUUUGAUGAAUGCAUUUCCUGGAAAGAUCACAUGUCGUUUCCACGUUACCCAACAGAGUUCACAGAUCUGUAAAGAACUUCAGCCACAUGUUACAGAGGGAAGAAUAUCUGAAAAGGAUCUAGAAAAACAUGUAUCUAAUGAUACUUUAUGGUACAUCUGCGGUCCACCUCCAAUGAUAGAAUCUAUAUCCAAGCUACUAUCCAACAUUGGUGUUCCUAGAAACUGUGUUUUCUUUGAGAAAUGGUGGUAGUGACACCUGCAAAAAAAAACAUUACUUGUUUCCAGUGUAUUUUGAUAAGCUGAAAUGUACAGAAAAUGGACUAUGAAUUAUUUGGAAGAUUGUACUUCAUACACGAAGAUGUCCUCAAUCACGAUGGUGUUCCUUUAAUUUAACUAUAAUACACUUGUAAAACAGUGCUGCUGCUUUUGGGGAAAAAAAAAAGAUUUUAUGUUAAAGACAUUA